GCGCAGGGGGCGGUGCCGCGGACCCCGGAGCGGAAGUGGGUUGCUGUUGAGGCGGCGGCGUCUUGCUUGAGGCGUUCUCCACGAUUUGGAAAGGUGCUUCCUCUUUGAAGAGCUUUGGCGGCGGGGCCGGCGGACCAGGCCAGCUCUUGGACUUGAAGAUACUAGAAAUCUGUCUGGCUCCAAAUUCUUUUCCAAGCCAGAGGAGAAAUAACUGAUGGGGAUAAGAGGUUGAGAACAUUCAACUCCCCUGCAACCUUUGGUACAGAUUGCUGCUGCUGCUUCUGUAGGUCAGCACCAAAGAGCACAAUGAGUACAAGAAAGCGUCGUGGUGGAACAGUAAAUUCUAGACAAACUCAGAAACGGACUCGGGAAACAGCCUCUACUCCUGAGAUUUCUUUGGAAGCAGAACCCAUAGAACUCGUGGAAACUGCUGGAGAUGAAAUCGUGGACCUUACCUGUGAAUCGUUAGAGCCCGUGGUUGUUGACCUGACUCACAAUGACUCUGUUGUGAUUGUUGAUGAAAGAAGAAGGCCAAGGAGGAAUGCUAGGAGGCUGCGUCAGGACCAUGCCGACAGCUGUGUGGUGAGCAGUGACGACGAGGAACUGUCCAGAGACAGAGAUGUGUAUGUGACCACCCAAACUCCCAGAAACACCAGGGAUGAAGGUGCUGCAGGAGUGAGGCCGUCUGGUACUGUCAGUUGCCCUAUCUGCAUGGAUGGAUACUCUGAGAUUGUGCAGAACGGACGUCUCAUUGUUUCUACAGAAUGUGGCCAUGUCUUUUGUAGCCAGUGCCUCCGUGAUUCUCUUAAGAAUGCUAACACUUGUCCAACUUGUAGGAAAAAGAUCAACCACAAGAGGUACCACCCCAUUUAUAUAUGA